AUGGGACAGCAGUUCACCAACGCCGAAGGGGAACAAGGGGAGAUUGAUGUUGCCGAAUUGCAGGAAUGGUAUAAGAAGUUUGUGGUGGAAUGUCCCAGUGGGACUCUCUUCAUGCACGAAUUCAAGCGGUUCUUUGGGGUCCAGGAUAACCGUGAAGCAGCAGAGUACAUUGAAAACAUGUUCAGAGCUUUUGAUAAGAAUGGGGAUAAUACCAUUGAUUUUCUGGAAUAUGUAGCUGCCUUGAAUCUUGUUUUGCGAGGAAAACUGGAACACAAGCUGAGGUGGACAUUCAAAGUGUAUGACAAGGAUGGGAAUGGCUGCAUAGAUAAACCUGAGCUGCUGGAAAUUGUUGAGUCUAUCUACAAGCUGAAGAAAGUGUGUCGGUCGGAGGUGGAGGAGAGGACCCCAUUGCUCACACCGGAGGAGGUUGUGGACAGGAUAUUUCAGUUGGUGGAUGAGAACGGGGAUGGGCAGCUGUCUCUUGACGAGUUCAUUGAUGGGGCCAGGAAGGACAAGUGGGUGAUGAAGAUGUUGCAAAUGGAUGUAAACCCUGGGGGAUGGAUCUCUGAGCAGAGGAGAAAGAGUGCUUUGUUCUGAGAGAAUCCAGAUACAGCUGAAAAUGUGACGCUGGCUGCAGCUGUGGCUCUCGCACUCCAGGCUGGUAGUGGCUUUCCUUCUCAUACAGUCUCAGCAUCCAGAUGAAAACAUCAGUGGUUUAAG